AUGGUAAUGGGUAUAGGAAUGGGCGAAGAUAUAAAUUGUAGUGUGCCGGAAGUGCCUCUGGCUCAUCUUGAAGAUGACACCGACUUCAUCAAAGCGGCAUCGCAACAAUCGACCAGUGAUUGCGAGAACAAUUUUGAUGAAAAUUUCGAUGCGGAAAAUCUAUCGGGUAGUUUGGAAGAUUUGGUCGGAACAUUUGAUCAAAAGAUCUCGCACUGCUUCAAGGACCUUAAUAAGGCUACCGAAGAGAUAGCACCUAUACAAGUGCGGUCAGAAGAUGAAAUCAUGUCUGAAAGCCAAAUUUGGUGGACUUUAACGGGAAAUUUCGGCAAUAUGCCUCCACUGGAUUUCUCGAAAACACAAACAAGGCAGUUACAACUUCCUGCUCUCAAUCUUCAGCCAUGCAAGCGUUUUCAAUUUGGCUUUCAUUCGUAUCAAACGAAGGAUACAAACACAAAUCUUUCAUCAUUUCUCUCAUCGAUGUGCCAUCAGUUUACUAUCACUGCUGUGAGUCUGUUCCCUUGUGUUGGAGCUGCUAUUCCCAGCGUCCCUCUUAGUGAUAAUUUUCCCUAUCAAAGAUUACCGAAAAAUCCUGGUGAUGUUGACUUUAUUCGGCGAAACAAAGAAAAUAGUGAUCCUGGUAUUGAUUUAUCAGAAGAAGAUGAGGAGUUGAGGAGUGCACUAGAUAUGCAUCAAUUGAUCAGUCAACGGGGUCCUUUAUCAGAGUCACCUCCACAAACUGCCGAUCAGGUGAUCGAGGAAAUUGAUCAAAUGCUUCAGUCAUGUGAUUUUUCUGGAUCGGUUAUGACUGAUCACACAAUGGAAUCGAUGGAUAGCAUGUAUUCAUCGAUGCGUUCACCAUUAUCAAAUGGACAAUACGAGAUGGAUGUCAAAUUGCGACAGGCCGUUGCCAUUACGUCGAAUUCUGAAAAUUUGGAAUCAUUUACUUAUAGCAGAUUGCUUGCUCUAAGUGCUGAAAUGGAACAACUCAUUCAAGUCUACAAUGACAGUUUGGUGGAGCAAUUAGCUCAUCGUGAUGAGUUAGAAUAUGAAAAGGAAAUGAAAAAUACAUUCAUAUCGUUGCUUUUAUCUAUACAGAAUCGACGAAGACAUUUCACCAAUGAGCGAAAACGUAAACCGUUGAAAACUGACUCUUCACAACUACCACAGUAUAUGACGGCGACAAUUCCGCACGAUGAAAGUCGUCUCUCCAUGGACAUGAACACAUUGAUGGCGCUUAUCAAAUUGUUACGAGCAAUUGAUGAAGAUAGUCCCGCUGUGCCAAGCAUGCUCACUGACUAUAUCUUAACUGUCUUGUGCCCCUCAGCGUCAUCAUCAGUUACCACAGAUUUGGCUGCUUAUAAGUGA